AUGCACCGACGCUCCGGAGCCAGGCACGCGUCCGUGCGCGUUGCUCCUAGUGUUGAUCACUACACAGUGCUACACACACGUGUGCACGUAUACAAAACUUCCCAUAUCGUGGCAUCUCUAACAAGCUCAGGAACAUUCUUAAUAGAAUUCGAAUACUGCGUGAAGGAGAGCGCUGACAUCAAAGAAGCUGUGGGUAAAUACCAAGCGUGGCAUCGCCGUGCGUCAGCUGUGGUGAUGAGCCUCAAAACAAGUGCUUAA